UUUUGUGACCCAAUUUUAUAACCAAGAAGUUAUGAAUUCUUACAAUAGGCUAGAUACGCGUGAAUGGAUCGGAUUAUGUUUUACAAUCUCAUAACUUCUUAUACAGAUCUUCGUCAUUUUAGGAACUGACCUAGAUACAGGCAUUUCUAUAAAUGCUGCUGAAGAUACGAAGUUUUCAACCAGUUUUCUUACUGGGGAACCUGAUGAGUUGUUUUGAACCUUUUUUUCUUUUUUCUUUCAUAUGAAAUUCAUGUGUCAGUUAUGACCAGCAUUGACUGACAGUAAUUCGGCCUGGUUAUUAAAUGAUGGUGCAUUAACUGCUGAAAUUAUCAUGAAAAUGUGUUAAUUUCUACAUUGUCAACUGUCUGGAUCAAAAGAUGUCUCUAUCUUCAUGUGACAUAAAAGGCAUCAUUAGUUUAUGUUGGUAACAUGGAUGACAUACAUGAAGAAUCUGCAGUAACAUCAUUGGAGGAAUCAGAGGAUCAAACAGAAGGUGAUCUUGAAGAGUGUGAUGAUGACUCUGAUAUACCACCACCCAGCUUCCAGCUUGUGAAGACUGAAGUUAUUGGUGAUGGCGAACUAGAAACAGACACUGAUGUGGCAGCAAAUGGUGGGCUAGAAGAUGCUGAUGCAUCAAAGAACAAUUCAGAAAGUAUUCAUUUUGAAGAUUUAAUUGAUGCUACUGAGUAUGCGGGCAGUAAAUCACCAUUGCACGGCAGUGAGAGUGAUGAUUCAGAAUUAAUUUCCAAUGACACCUACACAGAAGAAGAUCUUAAGAAUGGCAGCAUUCUUCCAACAAAUGCAGUCUGGAUUAAGGAACCUUCAACUCGUUACUUCUGCGAUAUCUGUGGCCAAGGUUUUGUUAUCAAACACAGCAUAACUCAGCAUAAGCGAAAGAAGCAUGGUAUUCACCCAUACACAUGUGUCUUAUGUUCACAAACAUUCCCAAAGAAGCAGGACCAACUUCGGCACCUGCAGAGCCAUUCUGGGCCAGAUGGAUUUGAGUGUGAGUCAUGCCCCAAAGUCAUUCCAGGUAUUGAUGCAUUUCUGCGUCAUCGUAAAAUACACAUCACAGAGAAGAAUAUUCCCUGUCUAACAUGUGGUAUGCUGUUUCGUACUACUUGGGAAUUAAGAUCUCAUUCUGUGACACACUCAGAUAGUCGGAGAUUCUCUUGCACUGAAUGUGGUCAGGGAUUUGCUGUGAAAGCACGUUUACUAGAUCACUUAAACAGUCACACAGGAUCUCGGCCAUAUAAAUGUGAGAUCUGCGGAAAAACAUUUGCAGCGCAGUCAGGUUGGAGCAAUCAUUGUAAAUUACACACGGGACGAAAGCCAUUCAAAUGUGAAUAUUGUGACAGAACCUUUGUGACCAAUGCUAAUCGUCGUAAGCAUGCCCGUACACACACAGGUGAGAAACGGUAUGAAUGUACAGAUUGCCACAAGAAAUACAGUGCUCCAAAUUCACUGGCAAUUCACAAGUUGCUGCAUACAGGACACAAACCUUACGAGUGUGACGUUUGCAAUGCGGCAUUUCAGUGUAGUUCACAGUUGGUGAAUCAUAGUCGAAUACAUUCAGGUGAACGUCCAUACACAUGUGAUCUUUGUGGGUCAGCUUUCUCCCAGGCAAGUAACCUUAAUACCCAUCGGAAAACACAUGAGAGGUAUCAGAAAAUGCUUGAUGAAAAGGUAGAAAAGGGCCCUCAUAUAGAACACAGAAAAUCACAAGAACGGUAUCAGAAAAUGCUGAGUGACAAGGUAGCCAAGGUACCUAGUGCAGGACAAAGAGCUAAAGACGGAAACUUGUUGGAAGGAAAGAAAGACUUGAGUAUCCUUCCAGUAAUCCAUCUUGUAUAGAUAAAAUUACAGUGUUUGAAAUAUUUAAGUCAUUUCAACCAGUAAGAAGACUUCAAGACUGAGACUAUGUUGAACAUUUGUCAUCAUGUUAAAUAAUGCCUUUCAAAGCUAUCGCUGUUAAAACAAAACAAAAUGUGGCUCUGUGACUGAGAAAGGGUUUUGAUUAAGAUUAAACUUGUGUGGCAAGUUGUGAAGUUCUUACUUUAAAUAUUAAAACAUAGAAGCAAUACAUGAAGGCUUCAAGGAAAUGAAUAAUAAUAAUAAUAAAGUAGGAUCUCUUUAUUUAUUUAGACACCUAAUUGAUAUCAGUGGAAUGAACAUAGGAAUAAAUCUUUAUUACAAUUUUUACAAGAAAACAAGAGAAAAUGAGUUGUUGGUACCAUAACUCAUGAUUACAUGUGAGAAACU